GAAGACCAUCUCGUCACCUUGCCUCAGCUCCGUCGCCCCAGCCCGGGCGCUCAGAGGGUAACUCCGGGCCGCUUAUCCCUGCUUGGCUGGCACACGCUUCCUCCGCUUCCCUGAACCAGAGACAACCAGCCGCCGCUCGGUCCCGCUCUCCCAGUCCGAGGUGGUAUGGGGACUGGGACGCCAGAAGGGCCCCAGGCACCCUGAGGUCCUGUCCUCGGUGGCCUUUCUUCGCGAAAGAGGCCCGGCAGCCAUGGCGGUAGAAGGAGGAAUGAAAUGUGUCAAGUUCUUGCUCUACGUUCUUCUGCUGGCCUUCUGCGCCUGUGCAAUUGGAUUGAUCGCCGUGGGUGUAGGGGCCCAGCUGGUCCUGAAGGAGACCAUUGUCCAGGGGGCCACGCCUGGCUCCCUAUUGCCUGUGGUCAUCAUCGCAGUGGGUGCCUUCCUCUUCCUGGUGGCCUUUGUGGGCUGCUGUGGGGCCUGCAAGGAGAACUACUGUCUUAUGGUCACGUUUGCCAUCUUCCUGUCUCUUAUCAUGCUGGUGGAGGUGGCUGCAGCCAUUGCUGGCUACGUGUUUAGAGACAAGGUGAUGUCAGAAUUUAAUAAGGACUUCCGGCAGCAGAUGCAGAAUUAUCCAAAAAGCAACCACACGGUUUCGAUCGUGGACAGGAUGCAGGAAGAUUUUCAGUGCUGUGGGGCAGCUAACUACACAGACUGGGAGAGCAUCCCCCUCAUGCCCAAGGGCCGAGUCCCGGACUCCUGCUGCGUCAAUGUCACGCAGGACUGUGGGAUUUCUUUCAGUGUGAAGGAGAUCCACCAUGAGGGCUGUGUGGAGAAGAUUGGGGGCUGGCUGAGGAGCAAUGUGCUGGUGGUGGCUGCAGCAGCCUUGGGCAUUGCCUUUGUGGAGGUACUGGGAAUUGUCUUUGCCUGCUGCCUCGUGAAGAGCAUCCGAAGUGGCUAUGAGGUGAUGUAGGGGGUCUGGUCUCUUCAGCCCCCACAUCUAAUAAGGGAGUGGGGUAGUACGCUCCAGGUUUUUCAAUUAAACUGAUUAUUUUUUCAGACUGAAAAAAGA